UGACGUAACGGUGACCGCGAAGAAUCUCUCUGUAUUUCAUGCAUAAUUAAUUAGCGCUGGCUGAUGGCGGGAAACUAAAUUGACUAGACCCGCGGUAAAAAGACGAUUUAUUUUGUUAAGUGUAGGUUUGUCAUAAACGAAGAACAAGAGUAAGGGAACAUGCCUGUUGUCACACGGCCUAGAAAAGGUGGAAUCGAAGUGCAAGGUAAAAUUGACUUCCCGUGCCGGAAGACACGUUCCAGGAGUGCCGUUUCAAAGAAAAUUCCAUCCAGCAACGAAUCCAACAUCAAGGCAAAUUGUAGGAAAAAACAAACUGAAAGACCAACAAAAAAGAACCAAGAAAUUGUUGACAGAGAUGUGCCUGAAAUCAAUGAAGAACGUGAUAUGAAUUGGUUGGAUGACUUGUUAACUUCAGUGACAUCACCUCAGAAAAGACAACAUGAUAACAAAGAUAAUUUAGAAGAUGUUACUAAACAAGGACUCUCACCACCUAAGAUUAAAAAAACAAGUGUACAGACAACUAGUAGACCAUUACCAUGUCCUAUCAAUACUCAUUCUACUUCACCCAUGAAAGAAUAUCCAUGUCCACAAAGUCCACGACUUUCCUUGAGAAAACUAGAGUUUGAGACUAUUGGUCACUUAAACAGUAAUGAGAACAACCUUCCGAGUGCUAUCUCUAAUGCUAAGCAUUUGGUUGCUAGCCCCCGGAAAUCACCCAGAAAGGAAAAUAUUGUUCCUAAGAUCGUCAGCCCUAAAAAAGGCAUUGGGAAGAUUGAUUUUGACAAGACCCCGAAUGGGAAAGUUAAGAAUCUGUUCAGGAAUGAUGGGGAGUGCUAUAUGAAAGUCAAGAAAGCUUUGCAUACGUCAGUCCCAGAUAGGUUACUAUGCCGUGACAAGGAAACAUCCCAAAUUAUGUCCUUCCUCCAGGCACAUAUAGGGAAGAAGAAGCCGGGAAGUUUAUAUAUCUCUGGGGCACCAGGCACAGGGAAGACGGCAUGCUUGUCACAUAUUAUAAAGCUGGAGAAGGAAUUGAUAAACCAAUGUAAAGUUAUAUUCUUAAACUGUAUGACUUUGAAGUAUAGUCACGCCAUAUUUAGCAAGUUGGCCUCGGAACUUGGUGUCGAAAUAACAAACAAGAAAGACGCGAGCAGACAGCUUGAGCGAGAGUUCACACGGAAAGGGCGAAUGAUCUUAAUGGUUCUGGAUGAGAUCGAUUACCUGGACAGCAAAAACCAAGAAGUGCUUUACACAAUGUUUGAGUGGCCAUCACUUUCAAAGUCCAGAGCAGUAUUAAUAGGGAUUGCUAAUGCCCUGGAUUUGACAGAUCGUAUCUUGCCAAGGCUUCAGGCACGAGUGAACUGCAGGCCAGCGGUUCUGAACUUUGUGCCAUACAGCAAAGACCAGAUUGUCACUAUUUUAGCUGAUAGACUUAAAGAGACGGAUUCAAGUGAGGAAGUGUUUGAGGGCGCUGCAAUCCAGUUUUGUGCACGGAAGGUUUCUUCAGUUGCAGGGGAUAUAAGAAAGGCACUGGAUGUUUGCAGGAGGGCAGUAGACGUCGUAUCCGCGGAUGUUCGAUCACAAACGUUACUGAAGCCUGGAAAGCCAGGCUCAAAAUCACCCAAAAAGCCUUCAAUCCCUGCCUCAGUCACAAAGAAAGUCGGCCUCAUACACAUUUCCAAUGUCAUUUCGGAUGCCUACGACUCCUGCUUAUCUCGUAACUCAGCUGAACACCACGCCUUUCCUCUGCAACAGAAGCUGGCCGUUUGUACUCUCCUGUUGCUAGUGAAGCAUAGUAAAAUGAAGGAUGUUACUUUAGGAAAGUUACAUGAGACCUAUAGCAAGGUGUGUAAAAGCAGGCAUGUACCACCUGUCGACCAAUCAGAAUUCCUGUCUCUGUGUCACCUUAUUGAAACAAGAGGUAUAAUUGGUCUGAAGAAAUCAAAAGAGACAAGACUAACAAAGAUUUGUCUAAAGCUUGCAGAGAAGGAGGUUGAAUUUGCCUUACAAGACAAGGUGCUACUGUCCUCCAUAUUGAGUGCUGGCCUACCCUCCAAGAAAUAAUGUGAUAUGCAGCUAUUUUAAAAUUAGUAAUCUCACAAGUUGUCCUGUUUAAUUUUGAGGCCUACUUUUAGCCUUUCUCUGAUUAAUGAAAAUUUAAACAUCCUGGGUUUUCCAACCCAUGAUUGGCCAAAAUAUAACAUGUGAUUCAUGUGAUGUCAUUAGAUAUUUGUCUGUCAGGCGUAAAAGGCAGGGUUUGAUCAGGUUGUUUGAAAUUGUAUAUUUGUUUAUGACAUCUGUUCAAAUAAUUUGUCUUACCAUUUGUUGGAAGUUGUACAAAAUGAUCUACUGUACCCCAGCACAAAAAAUCUGACCAAACAUUUAAUGAUUUACUGAAAAGCUCUGUCCAGAAUAUGAAAUUAUAUUUGGCAUAAAACUGUUGUAUGACUAUAUAGUUAUGAUGUACCUAUAUAUGGACAUGAUGUGAUGUCAUCAUGACCAUAUUUAGGCAUGUCACAUGUUUUUCUCAAAUCAGCUUUUAGUCUGGACAGGGCUGAACCAAUAUCUUAUCAAACCUAAUUUGAUCUGACAGACAAAAAUCACAGCUGUAAACUAACUGUACAAGAAACAUUGUAAUAUAUAUACUGUGCAUAAUGCUGUAGUGAGAGUAAAUUCUUUCAUAAUAAAUUGCCAAUUUUUUAAAAAUAAAAUAAUUAAUAACAAGUUUCAGCUUUAAUUUUAAGU